UCCAGUCGAUAGGUGUCAGUACACAGACAUAAUAUCCUGACGUUUCGCUGUUGAAGCGCGCCAUCAGUAGAAGAAGAAGGGGGGUCUUUCCUCUUGUUUUUUGGUGUGGCUAAUGGGCCAACUGCCACUGACUUGAUACAAUACCGGCAAGUUAGCCCAAUUGUCACUGACUCACAAAACAACAAUCUGUUUGCGGUUUGUCGCAGGGAUAUACUGGAAUACUACCACGGCGACACUUUGUUUUUCAUGUGAUGCAAAGGUGCUCCAGAGGGCUGCACAGAAACAGUGAAGACGUCCAUACCUAGCCUGAUGAUGGCGAAAAGAAAGCAAAAACUGCCAAAUAUCCUGGAGGAUGGCUUAGGCAGAGAUUUGAUGAACGCUGGGCGGUUUUGCUUCAGCUGUGAGCAGAUAUUUACAAAUCGGAAAUGCUUGGAAGAACACUUUUGUUCUGCUGCAAGUCACAUCUGCUCCUGUGGCACUGAGUUUGCCAAAUACAAAGACAUGCUGGAUCACAGCACUACACAUGAGCCAGGACACCAAGUGCUCGAUCAUGGAACAAUAAGGAAACGCAGAAUUGAGAAGCGCAUAGAAGAGGAGAAUCAGCUGAAAAGACUACAGACCGGUGAGGUCGUCUGGAAGGCGCCUAAAUUGGAAAAUGUGCCGUCAGUUUCUUUGCCAGUGAAACGUAUGCUGAAUGUACCCAUUACGUCAGCUCAUAUGCCACAAGUUUCCAUGGAGUCUGCACAGAUUUCACAAGUGCCUCAGUUUUACAGCUCUGUGUCACAAGCACCUUUGCUCCCAAAUCCCAGUGAGAAAGACAUGCAGAAUAUUUUUGCAGGUGUAGGUGCACCAACUGUAGAUCUUUGGACACUUUACCAGCCUGUCGUGUUGUUGCAGACUGUGCACACCUUUAACAAGACAAAGCCUUACACGUGUGGUAAAUGUGGACAAUGUUUUGAGACACCGACAUCUCUCAUCUCCCACCACAGCGCUCAUGUCAUAGAUAAAAUUUCUGGCUGUAUAGGAUGUGGGCUGCUGCUCUCCAGCAAGAAGGUAGUGCCUCGCUUCCAUGUUUGUAAGGCACCCAACACUGCAACCAAAUUCAGAAUCAUCACUGCGACACCGCUGAAUUUUAAGAUGCCAUUUUUUGUCAAUUCAGGCAGGAGUCCAAGUUUUCAGGGGCCUUCAGCCCCUUCCUUUAAUCAGUUAAAAAGACAGAAUCCCAGUGCAGCCAGUAAAAGCAGUCAGGCACCUCUUAUAAUUUCCACCCUGCAGUUGAAAAAUCAGAAAAUCAGUACCUACGGUAAAAGCAAUCGGUGGCAUAAUGUCCCUCCAUACCUGCAGGGGAGGGGUCCCAGUGCAUAUAAGCCUUUUAGCAUUUCCCCCCUUCAAUCGAUGAGUCAGAGUCCAAAUCCCAGUGCAUCCAGUAACCGCAGUCGAGGGCUUCCUGGCACUCCAUUCAUGCAGAUGAAGACACCCACACAAUCUGCAUCAGGUGUAUCGAGCAAACCAAUGCAGACAUCCUCUACAUCAAAUGGGUUUGCAUGUCGAGUCUGCCACCUUCCUUUUGAAUCUGCUCAGCUGCUACAGAGGCACAAGUGUGCCAAAGCACAGGAGUUUAUGGCACAGCACGUGCGAGGUGGCAAACGUUACAGACUAAAGAGGGUGACACCAGUGACGCACCCAAAUCCAGCUCUGAUGAAUGCAGAUGGGGCUAUUUCAAAGCAAAAACAAGGCGCUGCUCUGUGUCUAUUUAUGAUGAGGCCAAUACUUCAGAAAAAAACACCUUUGACAUGGGGAGUAAAAUGUCCUUCAGCAGAGGAAGCAGUGACCAAAAUACAGUCUCUGAGUUAACUCCAGUGACAUCACAUCCUCGCAAUUCCAUUCAUGCCCCUUCGGACUGCAAGCAGAUACCUGAAGACAAGAGAUGCAGUGAGGAAGACCUGGACUCCAGGUGGGGGGAGGAAAUGAAAGCAUCAGAAGUGACUCAACCUGCACCUGAAUCCCACUCAUCGGGGCACGUGGAGACUGAUAGCCGAGUUAACUCUGAAACAGCGGGCGGAACAAAUUGUCAACACAGUGAGCACAUAUCGCCACAGUUAGGGAUGGAAGCAAAGUCUCACAUGACAUCUGCAAGUGUGUGCAGCUCUACAACAGACCGUCAUGGGCAGCCUGUGGAGGUCUGCAGGAAACCUGGGCGCCCGUGUAAAAUAAAACCACUGUUGACUGAAGACAAAAAAUACCCAGAUUCUGCUGGUUUUGAUGCAGUUCAACAUAAAGAGAUCAGCACGACAAUACCUUUGCCAACUUACUCAGAGAACCAUAACAGUGAUGAUGUCCAUAACGCCGUAGACGGGGCCCCCUGUGUUCCUGUGCUCCUCAAAAGAAAAAGAGGAAGACCAAGAAAAACAGAGAUCUCAGCUUAUAAUGCCCUGGUUGCCAAGGCCGCUGCUGCCAGUGCUGCUGCUUCUGCUAAUCCUUAUGAUGUCAGCAGUCCUGCACGGAGACUGAGGAGUAGAGGUGAACAGCGCCCUUCAACACAGGAUGGAAAGCCUGAAUAUGAUAGUAAGGUAGCGCCCGAUCAGACUAAAGUGACUCCAACAGAAUGUAAUAACACAUUAAACCUUCAAGGUUUUAAAAGAAGAAGCGCUAAACUGGCUGAUCAGCAAGUUCCAGCAAAAGUGUCCCGACUGGAUGUUUCCCAAGAGGCCUGCACACUGUUGAGCAAUGACCCAGGCUGUGGGGAGAGGGCAGAGACACAUAAGCAGGUGGAACUAAACACUGACAAACAAGAGGCUGAUACAGACAGAAAGAGCUGUCUAAUCUCCCCGCAGCCUGGAGGAGGACAAGAGCAGCAGACAGAAAUACCGGAAGAUGCAUUACCACAAAGAAAAUGGAGUUCCCAGCCAGCAGCUGAGCCUAAAGAUGUUCCUUCAGCUGGUUCGAACUGUCCAAACUUGGUAAGCCCUAAAAUAAAACUGUCAGCCGACGUGAAUGGCAGCGAGGAGUCACAAUCAAAAAGCUGCCUUGAAUCCCAAAACUUGCAGAAUACAGAGUCCUCUAGCACAGCUGUGGUAACGUUCUCUGAACAACCACCUAAACCUGUUGGAGUCCCCUUUGCUUUGCAAGCUGAGAAUAGUGAGAUACAGCUGGAUCUUUUUACUCCUGUAUCUAAUAGUCCUAAAUCUUUACAAUGCAAUGCCAACACCACAGUUAAAGCUGAGAGUCCAAACUGCACUUUCAGGCGCAAGAGAGGUGGCAAGAGAAGGAGGAGAAUAAGUAACGUUCUGUUACAGAGAGACACGCUUGUAGAGGGCCAUACAGAAAAUGACGACACUCAACCAAAUACAGACUGUGGUGACGGGGAAAUGGAGGACAAUUCAAAUGUCAGCUCCAUUAAAAAAGGGGGGAAAACUUUGUUGAAAUGUGGUUACUGUGAGCAUACAUUUAAAUUUCUCUCUCAGUUCGUCAUCCACCAACGCAUCCAUACAGGAGAACGACCUUUCAAAUGCCUCGAAUGUGGCAAAGGGUUUAGCAAAAAUUCAAAUUUAAAUCUUCAUCUCAAGACGCACAAAAAGAGCAACAUAUAUCAAAAAUGUCCAUUUUGCAAGAUCAAAUUCUCAUGCUCGGAGUAUGGCUCUCAUAUGAAGAUGCAUGCACAUGACCAGGACGCUGAGAAGAGCAAAUCUGAAAGACGCAGCAGAGGGAACGACCGUGAAUACAGUCAGGGACGUCAGAAAGCUACUUCCCCAGAAAAGAGAGAGAAAAAAGUGUGCCAGUACUGUGGGAAAACGUUCCCGUUUCAGUCCGCCCUCAUAAGACACGUGCGUGUCCACACUGGAGAGAAGCCUUAUAAAUGUGACAUAUGCGGCAAAGCGUUCGGUCAGGCCUAUUUCCUCCGAGUUCACGAGCUGACACACUGGUCUGUGAAGCGUUACAACUGCACACUCUGUGAAAAAUCAUUCACUCAUUACAGCAAUGCAAAAAAUCACACUUGUAGACCUUCGGGAAGCAGAGACGAUUUACAACCCAACAGACGUGUGAGGCCUUCACUAACGUACACGUGCCACAUCUGCAAGAAUAUUUUUGACCAUCUGCAGGAGUUCAACAGCCACAUGAGAGACCACACCGGCGCGAAGCUUUAUCGCUGCUUGUAUUGUGACAAGCUGUUCGGUGUGCUGUCGGAGUUUAGCGCCCAUCGUAGUCAGUGCAGAGGAGAGAAGAACAACGCCUCCAGCUCUGAGAUAAAAGCGGAAGAGACAAUGUCAUUAAUACAGUACACAGUGCCUGCACUUAGGUGUUCAUCGGGACACAAUUCAGCUUCUCUCACAGGUGCAAAUUGUGAAAUACACGAAAAAACGUCCCAGGCCAGCCCCAAGAAACGCUUUGCUAACUUAAAGAAACAGUUCCAGUCAACGGUCAUACCGGCUCACCACCUCUCACACAUCGUGGCAAAGUUAAACAACCUAGAUAACCGCUCGGACCCCAGGAAAUAUUUAUGUCCAAGCUGUGGGCGACUAUUCAGACACAUGGGCCGACUCCGAGCCCACAUGCUUACCCACGGCCCGGGUCAAAGUUACACCUGCGCCUGUUGCGGCAAGACUCUAGGAAACUGGAAGAAACUGUGGCAUCAUCAGAGAAUCCACCGACAGAGACGCGGCCGCUUCACUUGUCCUCAGUGCGGGCAAGGAUUUCGGUUUGUGGAGACGUACAAAAAGCACAUGCGUGAGCAUGAAGAGGUACAGUGGAUCCAGGUCAGGACCAAAAAAGUGUUUCUGCCCUAUCAAUGUGAGCAGUGCCGGUGCAGCUUUGAGACUUUAGAUUUGCUGUUCAGUCACCAGCUUUGCCAUUCCUCAACGCACAAGGACUCUGAUUACGAUUUAUCCAUAGAUGACCGUACUACACAGUCUAACAUGAAAUUGUUUGAUCCUCCCACAAACAACCACAUAGCUACAUUACGCUCGGAUCCUGAGGUAAACAACUCUCCUCUGGGCCCCUUAUCCAAAUGUCCAGUAACUCAAGAGUUGCCUUUAGCGCCCAUGAUUCCCUUUCACCAAAGUGAGGAUUGGGAUUUGGGUCAAACCUCCCAGCGUCCUGUAAACACACAUUGGAUCCAAGAUAGAGAAACAAGUUGCGACAGAAGAGAUGAAAAUGCACUUGGAAAACCCAUUACUCCUUUGAGAACUGUGAAGAGACACGUGAGCCAAAAUGCCAGCGAAUCACAUGAAGGGUCUGCAGAUGGUGUUAAGUGUGCUGUGUGCGGCGAUGCAUAUCUUGCCAUUUCAGACCUUUAUCACCAUUAUUUGCAGCAUGCUAGAGGCCAGCUGUAAUAACCUAAAUGGAGACACGUUGCCCUUUGUAUGUGUUCAUCAACGUGUUCAUCAACGUGUUCACAUUGUUUUAACACAGCGGCUCCUGUAGUCCUAGAUUACAUGAUGUAUAAACUUUGUCAGUUGCACACCUGCUAAGGUUAUGGGAAAUUAAAUGCAGCAAAAAGGAUUUGGAAGAUUAGUUUACGGUCUUUUAUACAACCGGUCAUGCCUGACAGGUUACUGAAAUAAUACUGAAUGUACAAAAUAAUAGGGACACUUUUCAUGUAGUUCAUCAGGCAACUUCAGGUAGAAGUUAGGAGCCUUUCUUUAGUUUAUGUAAUUACGUUUCUGUCCAACAGACGAGAUGCAGAUAGAGGGAAGAUGUCAGAAAGUGCAUCAGAUCAUGCAGGUAUUUUCUUGACUUAUACAAAUGAAACUGUUAAUCAAAAUGGUUCAGAGGAAGGGAUUUCAAAUUUGUAUUGCACUGGUCAGCAUUUUGUCUUUACAUUGAAAGUGAAUAUAUCAGCUUUACUCAUGCACUACAUUUGUGAAAGAGUUUGCUCUGUUAUGGACUUGUAAUAUUAUGAUCGCUAAAAUAAAGUAUUGUUACAUUUUCUAGACAAUCCACACAAAAAGAAAUCCACACCUGAAAAUCAAGUGCAACACGAGUGUUGUUGAACAUUCGUUCUUUUUUACUGCCUUGAAAAAACUACAUUUUCAUGCUUGAAGGUCCGGCUUGAUUUAAUUGGAAUCAUGAAUACAACAUUGUGAGAUGUGUUUCCCUGCUCUGUUAAAUAUGGUUAAAACCAAUAAAAGUCAUUUUUGUAUUGA